GGAUUAAAGCGAGAGCCGGGGAGGGUCGGGGACUCCGAGCUGGGCCGAGGAAGAAGCGAACUCCAGAGGAGGCGGAGGAGAAGCAGGAGCAGGAAGGGGUGAGGGGAGGGGAGCUGCCCCGGAGCGUAGCAGGUCAACGCGAACGUUCCAAAUACCUCCCUUGACCCGAUGCUGCUGAUAACAUCAAGAUGGCUUUAAACUCAGGAUCCUCACCAGGUGUCGGGCCUUACUAUGAGAACCAUGGAUACCAGCCGGAAAGCUUGUACCCUCAGCAGCUGCCCACGGCUCCCCCUGCUUACGAGGUGUUCCCAGCUCAGUACUACCCGCCCGUGGUGCCCCAGUACACCCCAAGGGUUCAGACGCACGCCUCGACACCUGUCAUCUACAGGCAGCCCAAACCUCCAUCCGGGACAGCGUGCACCUCAAAGACUAAGAAAGUCCUGUGCGUCACCUUCACCCUGGCGGCCCUACUGGCAGGAGCAAUCCUUGCCGCCGUCCUCCUCUGGAAGUACAUGGAGGACAGGUGCUCAGGGUUGGAGUGCGGCUCCUCUGGGACCUGCGUGAGCCCCUCUCUCUGGUGCGAUGGCAUCCUGCACUGCCCCGGUGGCGAGGACGAGAACCGCUGCGUUCGCCUCUAUGGACCGAACUUCAUCCUUCAGGUGUACUCGGCACAGAGGAAGUCCUGGCAUCCCGUGUGCCAGGACGACUGGAGUGAGAGCUACGGGAGGGUGGCCUGCCAGGACAUGGGCUACCGGAAUAGUUUCUAUUCUAGCCAAGGAAUAGCUGAUAACAGCGGAGCCACAAGCUUUAUGAAGCUGAACACAAGUGCCGGCAAUGUCGAUCUCUACAAAAAACUCUACCACAGUGAUGUCUGCUCUUCAAAAACAGUGGUGUCUUUACGCUGUAUAGAGUGCGGCGUCUCCGUGAAGGCGAGCCGCCAGAGCCGGAUCGUGGGGGGAUCGAAUGCUUACUCGGGGGAAUGGCCCUGGCAGGUUAGCCUGCACGUGCAGGGCAUCCACGUCUGCGGCGGCUCCAUCAUCACCCCGGAGUGGAUCGUGACGGCCGCGCACUGUGUGGAGGAACCCCUUAACAAUCCCAAGAUCUGGGCGGCCUUUGCGGGAAUCUUGAAACAAUCUUACAUGCUCUAUGGAAGUGGAUACCGAGUAGCAAAAGUGAUUUCCCACCCAAAUUAUGAUUCCAAGACCAAGAACUAUGACAUCGCUCUAAUGAAGCUGCAGACACCUCUGACUUUCAACGACAAAGUGAAACCAGUGUGUCUGCCCAAUCCAGGCAUGAUGCUGGAGCCAACUCAGUCCUGCUGGAUUUCCGGGUGGGGGGCCACCUACGAGAAAGGGAAGACCUCGGAUGACCUGAACGCGGCCAUGGUGCACCUCAUUGAGCCCUGGCAGUGCAACAACAAGUACAUGUACAACAACCUCAUCACGUCCGCCAUGAUCUGUGCAGGCUACCUGCAGGGCACCGUCGACUCCUGCCAGGGAGACAGUGGAGGUCCUCUGGUCACUCUGAAGAGCAGCGUCUGGUGGCUGAUCGGAGACACGAGCUGGGGGUCAGGCUGUGCCAAGGCGUACAGACCGGGAGUGUACGGGAACGUGACCAUGUUCACAGACUGGAUCUAUCGACAAAUGAGGGCAAACAGCUAAUCUGUACGGCCUGGGUCCUUGGCAACAUUCCACAAGAAAAUGAAGGGGCUGAUUUUUAAUCUCCAUGCACUACGUAUAUUUUGAAGUGAUUCCAGGUCCUUUUGUUUUUAUUUGAUCAUGAUCCUGUAUGUCUUGGCCCUUUCCACAGUCCUGUGAAGACCCGUGGCUCCACUACCCCUGGGCCCACCCUUCCAGAACCCUCGUCUGAUUGGGGAGGCUGGCUGGACGUGGACAGCAGAGCCAGUGCAGAGCAAGGGGAUGGUGUCUGCCCCACGGGGACCUUCCCUCGGGCCCCAUUCCAGGGACCCCUCUUGGAUGCACAUGGGGCUGGCGACUUCUCAGCUGCUGGACGGCUUGAGAAAGGAAGGGGAAAAGCCUGGCAGGACCUGCAGGGGCCAGCCUCUGGGGCUACUGCUGGUGAGGCCACUUGGGGUAGCCCCAGGGCCUGUCUCCCCACGAGAGAAUUUGAUGAACAUUCUUGAGUGCCUUCUUAGCAGCCCAGAGUGCUGGCUGGAAAUAAAGGGACCAACUCUUCAUGGGUGAUGACUUGAUAGCCACUUGAAAGGGGACCCAAACCUUUUUCUUUUGGGGGGUGUGUAGACAGAGCCCUGGGAACAUAUGUGAUCACCCCCAGCAUUGCUGGGGGCCCUCCACCCAGGGAGACCUGCCUUAAUUCUCCAGGCUCUCCCUGGCCUCCCUUGAAGAUGGUGCAAUGCCCUGGGUCCCCACUGAGGUCUUCACCCCGAGUGGGGUGCCUGCUGACCCUCUUAAAGCCUGCUAAUCAUUCACCUGGAAAUUGAGCUCCCCCAGGGAAAUCAGGGAUACUAAUUAAAGAAACACUGUUUCCUGUAAAGCGUCUACCUGUUACUACCUCAGUGCCCAUGAAACCAGGCCGUAGUCCUACUCUUAGCUUUUUGAAACUACUGUUGCCUUUGCUUGUGUGAGCAGUAGCCGACGUGAGCUGCUUUCACAAAGUGACUGCUCCCAAUUUAAUGUUCUGGAAAUGUUGUCCUGAAGCCCAGCAUCUGGGCUUGUGAGAAAGGAGAGAGGGGUGUGCAAGGGCCUCCCCGUGGCCCCUUCCAGCCACUCCUCAAAUUCCCCUGCAGGGGAGAGUCAGGCUUCAGUGACCAAGUGUGAAGCGUAAACACGGGUGCUGUGAGGUCCUGCCUCCUCUCUGACACAGUGGUUUCGCAGAACGACUUGAAUGAUUCUGCACUAGGACUUGGCCUUGGAGUGGAAGUCAGGACGAUCCGCUAGCAGGAUGCUCGGGCGGCAGCAUCCCCAGGGGCCAUCCUGACCUGCCUCCUCCCGAGCCAGAUUUUAAAAAGCGUCAAGAUGGUGAGCAAGCGUGCCUUCUUUAGUGCUUCUUUUAAUUUAUGUGACCACUGUUUGUUCUUUGUUUUGUAUCUUUUUUAAACUGUAAAAUUCAAUUGUGAAAAACUGUACCAAUAAAUUAUGCAUUUUUUUGUUUUUCAAACAUG